CUCCCUUGUGUCGCGCAUCGCUUCGACAACGUUUACACCGAUAAUCGUGGCACGGAUAAUGUCUAGUCGCGAAUGUUUCCGAAUUCAUUGUUUCGUAUCAAUUUGAUUUUUUAUUAUUAUCAAAAUCUUUCACGCUCAAAAAUAUUUCACGAAGUAACACUUCUCAACUCUUUUUGUGCCAAUUUCGCGAAAAAUUAAUAGACCGAUGGAAAUUAUUAAUAAUGCAGUUUAAUUUAUAAAAUAUUGUGGAAAAAAACAGAAUUUGUGAGAAAAGAAUAAAUUCCUGCAUUAAGAAUUGCCUGUGAUUUUGUCAAAUUGGCCCUCGAUUGCAUGACAUCGCGAUACAGUUAAUAACGAGACCAGAAAAGUAUCAUUGCUCCGGUACCAUAGCAAACAGUCUUCACUGUUCUCUAGUACCGCUCUUUCUUGAUACAACCGGCCCUAAUAGUGAAGUGCGAUCUAAAUAUAGAUAAGAACGCGUGUUUUUGACGUAAAUCGCGUUUGCUCUUCUUAUCUCAAUUCAGCGUGAGUCGAAACUUAUUUCAUCAGCGCUAUCGAAGAUUUUGUAUCAUGAAGAGAUUUAUCUUCCGAAUUCUUCUUACGUCUUGCGUUUUAGGAUUGACGAAAGCUAAUACUAGCACACUAUUGAAUCCGGAGCAUAAUUAUAAUGGCGCCGAGAGAUUAUACUGUCCAGUGAACGCUUAUGUUGGGAAUCAACCGGUCGAUCGACAAGACAGUUCUCUGCGACUGAGACAAUUAAGAUCCGAGAUGAUUCGAGUAGUGGCAAUUCAAGGGCCAGCUCUCGAUGGUUACAUCGUUACAUCGGAUGACGAACAUCAAAGCGAAGCUGUAGAUCCACAUGAUAUGAGAAGAGAAUUUCUUACUGGAUUCCACGGAAGUGCUGGGGUAGCUAUAGUCACUAUUGACAAGGCAGUACUUUGGACUGAUGGUCGAUAUCAUGUUCAAGCAAAUCAUCAGCUGGAUUGCAAUUGGAUUUUAAUGAAGCGAGGUGAACAUGACGUACCAACAAUAACAGAAUGGUUAAUGCAAGAGUUCCAAAAUCGAUCAGCAGUACGUAUUGGUGCUAAUCCAAAAUUAAUACCUGCAUUUACGUGGGAGACAUGGGAACACGAAUUAGCGAAUUCGUCCGUAAGAUUGGUCGCAGUCCAUAACGACCUAGUGGACUUGAUCUGGCAGGUGGGUCGACCUAAGUACAAUCCGCACGCAGCAUAUCCGCUGACGGACGAAUACUCCGGCAAACCAUGGCAAGAGAAAGUUCAGAGUAUUCGGCUGGAAAUGGAAUAUUCGUCGGUCGACGCACUCGUCGUCACCGCGUUGGAUGAAAUAGCGUGGCUCUUCAAUGUUCGUGGCUACGAUUUACCGCACACUCCCGUCCUCAGGGCCUACGCAAUUAUAACUCACGAGUCUUUGCAUCUUUAUGCACCACGCCAAAAAAUCCUGCGAUCUGUCGAUAUACAUUUGAAAAUUGACUUCUGCUCUCAUGCAAACUGUGUCAAAUGGCACAAUUACACAGACAUUUGGUACGAUUUAAAGACUAUGUCUCAAGCCUGGAAUACAGUGUGGCUCCCUUCACCGUACGGCUACUCACCGGGUGCGUCCAAAGAAAUAUACAAUUCUAUUCCACCAGAAAAAAGGUUAGCUAAGGCCUCGCCUAUAAUUGAUCUGAGAGCGGAAAAAAACAAAGUCGAAGUGGCAGGGAGGGAGCAAUACAAAUUGGACUCUGAAGGAUGGGACGAGAUGCAAGUAGUGAAAGUGAUCAAUGAAAUUCGUUACGAGCAAGAUGGCAAUAUGGGUAUCGCUUUCCCAACAAUCGCAGGAUAUGGACCGCACGCCGCUAUGCCGCAUUACGAACCAAAUAACUUGACCAACAUUAAAAUCGGGACCACAUCCACUCUAAUGAUCGAUUCUGGAGGACAAUACUUGGAGGGUACCACAGACGUGACCAGAACUCUUCACUUGGGAGUGCCGACCGAUGAACAGAAAAAAGCCUACACGAGAGUGCUGAUCGGUUCAAUUGAAUUAUCAUCUUUGAUCUUUCCCAAUGAUCUAUCGGCAGACCAAUUGGAUGUUAUUGCGCGAAGGUCGUUAUGGAGUAGCGGUUACGAUUACAUGCAUGGCACUGGUCACGGAAUUGGUCAUUUUUCUUCAGUUCACGAAUCGCCUAUCAGCUUGUAUUACGGAUGCAAAAAUGCAGGAUGUUCAGUCAAGUUGAAGCCAGGAUUCUUUCUUUCAAACGAACCGGGAUAUUACAAAGAAGACAAUUUUGGUGUUCGUUUGGAGAAUAUUCUUGAAGUAAUUCCGGCUGAUAAAUUGUCUCAUAAUGGACAAAGAUUUCUCAAAUUCAGAGACGUCACUCUGGUCCCGUACGAACCUAAACUUAUCAAGAUCAAUAUGCUAACUUCACCACAUCGGCGUUGGCUAAAUAAUUACAAUAAACGUAUACGGGAAGAAGUCGGAGCAGAAUUAAAAAAGAAUUUAAAAAUGAAAGCAUUUUACUGGAUGAUGGCGAAAACUAUGACCAUUCCAGAAACAGGCAGCUAUUAUUUCUCUGAUAAUUCUCAGGCAAUGUCGUCUACCAAUAGGCAAUUCCAUACUUUAGUUAUAAUUGUUGCCAUUUAUCACAUUAUAAAAAAUUUCACAAGAAUACACGACUAAACUAGGAAACACGUCUAUAUUGCCAAAUAUUUGCC